ACACUGACCGCGACCGCGGCUGCCACCGACAACACUACCGUUGUACCGUCGACCAGUUACCACCACUGCAACCAUCGCCGUAGGUUCGUCUGUUAUUCUUUUUCGUUCGCUUAUUUUCCUGUGAACUGUGAAGUGUUUUUUUAAAAAUUUAUCAUCAUUUAAACUUUUAUUGUGUCCGAAUGUGUGAUCAUCYGACUUCCUAGCUCUUGACAYAGUUACAAGUUACAACUAUUAAGUAGUAUUAACAGUCAACGUCGUCCAUUGGGAAGUUAUGGUUGCCGAAAGAGUUAUACCUCGUAAGUGGCAUUAUUGUUUGUGACUUACGUACCUAUAACUCAGUUUAACCUUUUACCUUAAGUCAUUACGAGAUCUCGUGAGUCGCGAUACCGUUCGACUUUCGUUUAUCCUCUUUAAUUUUCGAAAYAAACGUUCGAAUUUUUACAUUAUUCGCGUUUUCGUUUACUAAAUCUGUGUCCGUACUGUCCUCAAAAACGUCACUGUCGUUUGUGGGAUAGGUCUUCGUACUUUGUGACGAUAUUUUUUUUACGUUUUAUUUUUCGUUGAACYCCUUGAUGUUCGCGACGCGCUCAUCCAACGUCAGUGGUCCUUGUCGGUUACUGAAGUUUUGUUUGUUGACCUGUGAUUACACCAGUCCCAUGUGAGUAUCAAACAUGGACGUGCCAAACAAUUUCAAGCCGUACCUCUGUAAGUUAGACGAUAAUGAUUGUGUCUCGCUCGUGAACAUAAUCAAGUCGUUCAAUACACCUGUCAGUGAAGAACAUGCAUGGGCUCUGUGCUAUCAGUGUGCCAAAUGUUUCAAGAAUGCUUUUGAACGUGAACCAAACAGGUGUCGAGUGGUCAAGAAUUUAGAAGAAGUCCGUAUCCACAGGGAUGGUUUCAUACAUCCCAGUACGAUUUUGAACACCGAAGAAAUAGUUGAAUAUGGUUUGCAUGCUCAAUCUAUGGACCAUGGGCAAUCAGGCGAAACUGAUGAUGAAGGAAUUGAAAGAGAUUCUGCUGAAUGUGAAGAAAUAUCACGAAAUAAUUUUGCUACUUUUGAUGAUGUAUUAGAGGAAUGCAGUAGACAUAUAGGUGUGUCAGGAUUGGGUUCUGAAACUCAUUAUAAAGCAGUAUGCAGAGCAUUAGUGGCAGAAGCUUUAGAGCUUUCAUCAUUUUUAGAUAAAUUAUCUGAUGGAACUGUCAGUUUAAGACACAGAAAUUCUACUUCAGCUGAAUUAAGUACAUUGGAUUACAGUGAUUGGCCCAACCGCAGAAAGUGGAGUAUUUUACAAGCACGUUUAUGGAUACAAUUAAUACGAGAAUUACGGCGUGGGGUUCAGUUAAAAAAAGUUGAUCAAAGAUCUCAUACUAGAGAUGGAUUUGUCGAAUAUGCAUUAACCCCUUAUGAAAUGUUAAUGGAUGACAUAAGGUCUAGAAGAUAUACUUUAAAAAGAGUUACCCCUCCAGAAAUUCCUGCCAGAAUUCAAAGAGAUGCUCAUGAUGCAAUACUUGAAUUUAUUAGAUCCAGACCACCAUUAAAAAGCGCCGCUGCAAGAAAACUAGCUCCUCGUCGACAAGAUAAAUUAUCUCCAAGGGAACAUCUAUUGGAAUGUAUAAAAAGUGGAAAUGUCAAGUUGCGUUCUACUUCAUUAAAAAGCCCUUUCCGUAAUAUAAAAUCAUCAAGAUCAAUGUCAAGUCCACCUAACCGUUCCAAUAAAUCAAAAAUUCACUAUGACAAUUCAUCUAUGAACAAYUCAGRAGAAGAAUAUAUGCCAAACCAAUCCUUAAAAAGCAUGCUUGAUCCAAAUAAAGAACGCAAACUUAUAAAAGUAGAUUUUUCUGCAUUAGCACGUUUAGUGAGUUCUGAUUCUGAAGAUGAUUUUGAUGAUGAUGAUGAAAAUAAUAAAUUUAAGACUACUACAGUGGAAAACACUGAAGAAUCUACAUAUUUGGGCGUGUCCACUCAAGGAAGAGAAGAAAAACAUGGACCUACAGACUCAAAAUCCAAUAAAAAUAUCCAUGCUAUUAGAAAACAGCAACGAAGGCAUACUAUUGCUGAUCAAUCAUCUCUCUCUUUUAUCAAACCAAUGGGUGGAUUGUGGAAGCAAUCUCGUAGACAAUCUAUGUACAAAAACACUUUACCUACUAGUGAUUGUUUGACCUUGACUUUGCAAGAGCUCAUACAUAUUCGUAGUGUGCUUACUAAAGCAGAGAUAGAAAGUUUACCAGUUGAAGGAAAUUUUAAAGAAGAUGUUGAAAAUCGAAAAGUUUGUUUUUUAUGUAUGAAAACCAGAUUUGGAAUUUUUGGACCCUGGGGACAAGAAUGCAAAAUGUGCCAACGUACAGUGUGUUCAAAAUGUUGUACCAAGAUGCGUAUGCCAACUGAUCAUUUGUCCCAAAUCCCGGUUGUAGCACUAAGUCCAAAUGUAGCGAUAUCUGAACAAAAUCCUUGGUGGUCAAAGAGUAGUUGGGGCAGUGCUCCAUCUAGUCCUCAAAAAACAAUUGGCUGUCCCAAUAACAGUAUGUCUGCAAGUUAUCAUGGUUCAUCUACAGCCACACAGAACAUUACUCGCACCAAAUAUAGUGCACAAAUGGCUGUUUGCUUGGAUUGUAAGACAAUGGUAUUGCAAGAAAUCAAAACGUCUAGAGUGAAUCGUUCAAAUUUACUUCGCCAUUUAACACUUGACUUGUCAUCUGUUUAUUAGUCAAUUGCACGUUGAUAUGUAUUCCUUUCAUAGUCACUUAACAUUCYAUUGUUAAUCGAUUGCUAAAUGUUAUUUAAAAUUGUAGUAUUAAUUUACUUAGUGUAUAUUUACUAUAACUCAUGAUAAUUGUAUUGAACGCCUAAUUCAAUGACUGAAAGUCAUUUCUAUUUGAUAGUUGUAUUUAAUUAAUUGAAAUUAAAUUAAUAAUCACCAUUGUAGCACAAAUGA